AUGGCAAACAAGUCAACAUAUAUAACAGAGAUCAGAAAUUUGACUACGAAAAAAUUUAUCGAAUUUUUACAAAAAAAAGAAGCUCUAGAACUUAUAGAUGAGGAUUUUAAUGUAAUUUCCAGAGAGAGAAUUAAUGGCCUUGACUUCUUCAAGUUAACCGAGGAAAAACUUAGAAGCUAUGGAAUGAAAGGAGGGCCUGCAACAAGAAUUGCAGAAUUUGCUAAUGAGUUUAAAGAGAAAAAAUCAAGAGUUCUCCAUGAAUUGAUGAUUUCAGAACCGAUUACUUUCUCCAGUCAGGACAAUACAGAUUCUGAUAAUGGAUCCAAAGAAAAAAAAUUAAGAGCUUUCCAUGAAUGUAUUUCAGAGCCAAUUACUUUCUCUAUCCAAGAUAGAAGAUUAAUACACCAUGCCGAGUUACCAAAAGUGACAAAUGAGUUAUCAGUAACACUACGAUUGAAUAUUCUGUGUCACAGUCCCAACUAUGUUUCUGUCUUUCAUAAAGGCGAAGUAAAUGAAGAUCGUACACCCGUACUCCAGCUGCAACCAAAUGAUUCGGCACCGCAUGCACGAUUCUCGGUGACCGGUAAUUGGAAUGCAGGAAACAAUGCGGUCGCCAACGGACUUACUUUGAACAGAUGGUAUCAUCUAGUCUACACACUCUCUGAACCAAAAAAGAAAUUAAAUUUUUACAUAGAUGGAAAAUGGGUCGAAUUUCAUAGUUUCCAACAAGAUAUCAAAUUCAAUAAUGGACCAUUGUGGAUCGGAAACUAUAGAUCACGUAAUGGGUUUACUGGCCUAAUCAGCAAUUUUCGUUAUUAUAACUGGAGUUUAUCUGCUGAAGAAGUGAAAGAAGAAUAUUUGGUAGGGAACUUUAAAUAA